CUGUCGGUAUACCUGGGUUCUCAUCACAGUUCCGCCAAAGGCAGCGCGAUUCCAUCCAAAUAAUCAACUUUGAGCGACACAUGAUCAUUCCAUCAGGAGAGCACGACUUCUCCGGAGAAAAUCCUGGUCUCAGGGGAUUACCGACAGCGUUAGGUGAACGGUAGCUAGCAGUCGUUCGGAACAUGUGAGUAACUGUGAACAGCGCAGUCAACGUACGGAAGUCCCCCUUUCUUAACGCAAGUCUGCGUGCUUAUUACAGGAGUGUUUGGGAUAAUAUCAAACUAUGUUUGUAACGAUUUCAUGGGUACGAUACAUCAUUCAUGUGAAGAUGACAAUGUUAAUGUGACAACUAUUGCCGUGUUACAGCCAACUGAGAGACAAUCCCGUAUGUGUACCUGGAGAGAAAUCUCUGUUCAGUCAGAUGAGAUAGAGCUGUAUCAGCGGUAUGAAAAUAUUAAACCCACACAGCGCUCAGGAAUUGGUCACACGAACAAAUACCUCGAAGCGCCUCUCCAGGUGAUAGUUGGAUAUGAAGCGUGCUACUGUUUACUCCAUAUAAUUUAGCCGUGAUGGCAGUGGUCUGCUACUGAGGAAACAGGGCCGGCGACUACAUAGUUCAUAUUUUGCCUACUAUGAUCUGUUGGGUGUUGCAAAGGUUAUAGUUACAUCAUGGGCGAUGACAAAGGAUCGACGGCAUCAGCUGGCCGAAAAAAGUCAUUGGAAGUGAAUGGAAAUGCCACAAUUUCAAGCGCCGACACCCCUCACGGUUUAUACCUGGAUAUGAACAAUACUCCACGGGCCCAGCCCAAACGGGAGCCCGGGUCCCCACAUUACGAAGACUCUGUCAGUUUUAGAACUUUAUUUGUGAAACACUGGCUGCAUGUGUUGACUUACUGUGUCGUUUUUUGGACGUUUGGGAUGGGAGUGGCGUUUCUUGGCCCCACUCUCUUGGACCUAGGCUGUCAAACUUCAACUGACCUGCGCGGAAUGAGUUGGAUUUUCUUCGUUUUACUUUGUGCCACCUUGAUGGGCUCUAUACUGGGGGGUUGCUUAGCAAGCAGGUUCAACAAUCAUGUCUUGCUGCUUAUUUCAACGACUGGUAUGCCGCUGAUGUUUUUCGUUAUACCACUGUGUGAAGCAAUGUGGAUGCUCGGCCUAACCCUUGUUAUCAUGGGCUCAUUCAUGGGAUGUGUGGACUGCUUGGCUAAUCUACGCAUGCUGAAUCUCUUCGGACGAAGGGUGUCUCCCUUUCUACAGGCGAUGCACUUUUUCUAUGGUCUUGGGGCCUUUGUGAGCCCUUUGAUAGCUGAACCUUUUCUGCUGAACCAAGACUGUACCCCAUAUAUUGAUGGAUUUACGACCGCUCUCCCAGGCGACAACUUAACGCUGGAGGAAACCUUCAGCACAGUGUCGAUGUUGUCGGAAUCGGAACAUUUGAACACAAUCUCCCCAGCGACUGCAUUCGACAAUACAACCGUGUUGGUUGAGGUCCCACCUGCUCCACACAAACUUUUUGAGGCUCAGCUGGAAACCCAAGUCCGCUAUGCCUUUUACAUUAUGGGUGGAAUACAGCUUCCCAUCCCUUUCCUCGUCUUGUUCUUGAUGUUCCGAGAGAAGUGGGCGGAAGAUUCGAAAUCCGUAGGGGAAAAGAGUGACAACGCUGCCGCGGCUGCGAGUUACGGUACCAUCAGCAAAGACAGUAAUAAUGUGGAACAACUAGAUGAUCAAUAUGGCUGUUUGUCGCGGUGUAUUACAUGUGGCCCACCUCAAGUAAUCGUCAUUACGCUGGUGACAACGUUUAUUAUGUUUCUCGCUGAUGGCCUCCAGUCUUCCUAUGGCGGUUUUGUGUACAGCUACGCUGUGAAGUCUAUUACUGACUUGGAGAGGACAGAGGGGGCUUAUCUUAACGCCUGCUUUUGGGGUACGUUUGCAUUCGGUCGUCUCCUCUCCAUUCCUCUAGCCUCUAGGCUUACUCCUGGGUUUAUGCUGCUGGCAAACAUUAUCGGUUGUUCCUCGGCGUUACUACUAACUCUAAUAUUCAGUACCGACCACAUAGUCUUGUAUAUAGGAACGUGUUUAUUGGGCCUCUUCUUGAGCAGUACGUCACCAACGGCUAUCUCAUUGGCUGAACAGUUCAUUACAAUAAACCCCUCCAUCACUUCGUGCUUAGUGGUCGGCGCUGCUCUAGGGGAGAUGAUAUUUCCCGUCAUUGUCGGAAAUUUGUUUGUUAGUGUUGGUCCAUCCAGUUUCCCCGCCUUUUGCUUCUCCAUAGCGUUAUUCACAAUUGCUGUGUUUGGUUUACUGUGGGUCAUAGGGAUUCGGUCAUUCAAAUGGCAAGAAUCCAAACACGACUCGUUCAUGUGGCUUCAACCUUACGCCGGAAGGAUGGCGGGAGAGAGCACUCUUAUUCAACCGUCUAAAGUAAAAUUCUAUUCUCGCAUGGACGAGGAAGACAGCGACGACGGCUAUGAAAUGGCGGCUAUACCAACGAGGCGAAAAUCGCGUGAAAGAUUUAACAAAGAGGAAGAUAUCCAAGAAUGAUUUUAA